AUGGUCUCUUUCACCACCCUCCUCACCCUCGCUGCCGGCGCUCUCGCUGCCCCUGCCCCUGCCGACACGCAGUCCCCGCCACAGCAGGUUCUGCCCGCAGGCUACCCCAACCCUUGGGCCUGGCACGUCGAAGACUUCGAAGCCGGCUGUGUGCGCAGCGGCUGCUACUACCGAUUCAACCUCUCAGUUCCCGCAACCGAAGCCUACCCACAAGGCGGCAAGUACUCCUGCAGCGGCACCGAGAAUGGCGAGUUUGGCAAUGAAAACACUUUCGAAGACUGCAGCAUUGUUGGAGAUGACAAUGCCGCUACCGCUGCCGCCAAGCUGGGUAGGAGGAUCAACUCCGAGCCUCCCAAGCAACUUUAUGUUAGCUUCUUGAAGCCAGGUUCCGCAGCCGACCAGACGAACCCAUACAACUUUACCGCAAUCACGACUGAUUGGACGUACAACGCGUUUGUCGCCGUCGAUGAGGAGUUUGACGUCUACCCUACUAUCUGGCAACAGUACCCUCUUCCCCAGAGCAAGGUAGCUUGA